AGAGGGUGGGAGAAUCACAGAAAGCGAAAGCAAGAGAGACUACGACCAGAAACUGUGUACUUUUCUCGGGAUUUUUUAGGAGGGGACCAGUCGAUUGGACCCUAGUACACAACUUGUACUUAAUUUAACGGCACCGAAAGGCAAAGUCGACCUCGGCGGAAUUUGAACUUAGAGAGAGCGUAAAGAGAAGAGAAAUACUUGCUAACGUUUUUAUCAGUUUCAAAACCAGGAAGUAUUUUGUGAAGUACGGUUGUAUACGGCGAGGCCAGAGAAAGAUAAAUAAAGCGAAGUGGAAGAAGUUUAUUAAGUCGUAACUGUUAGUUGAAAAGUUUCUAAAAUGCCCAGUUUAGUCGAAAACGAUCCAAAUAUAGACAGCCUAUUAUCUACAGUUAUUGAAGAAAAUCAUGAAAAUACGACAUCUGAAUUUCUCCAACUAACUAAGGAAAAGACACAUGCUGCUAAACGACCUACUCGUAUGAUCUUACUUUCUAUUUGUCUCGUUGCUCUUGUGGUAACAAUGAUUGUUAUUGCCGUUUCAAUGAAGUGGAAUUAUCACCCAAAUCGUCCACAAUCUUACUAUGCCAUGUUCCACCUGAAAACAAGUCAUUACACACCGUCGGAGGAAGCUUCUUAUUUACAGUGGGUGAAAGAAGAAGGCGACUUUAAAUUGGUUGAUGGAACUUACAUUUUUAUACCUCAAGAUGGGAUUUACGAAAUAUCGUGUACAGUGCAAUUGCACAUUCCGAAAAAUUCUACUGCAGCAAUUUAUACCUUGGUGUUGGAGAGAAAAUAUAAUGGAAAACAUUCUGUGUUUAUGAAGAAAAGACCCAGCAUUUUAAAUACACCGGAACAUGCCAUUGUACAAUUAUCGUUUAAAUACAAACUUAAAUUUAACGAUGAAAUCUUUUUGAAAAUAAACAAAGCGAAAUUUGUCAGGCCCAAUAUGCCCUCAAGUUACUUGUCUAUCUCUAGCUUAUACCUAAAUAGUCUUUAAUAAAACAUUAGUGUUGUGUAACCCUUUCAUUACCAGUCCGGCUGAACCGGUCGAGAAUCUAAGCUUUUUAUAUGCAACACAUUUUCUGUUGUAGUUUUUGCAACUUGCAAUCGAUUUUCACCAAACUCAUGGUGAAGCUUAAUGU